CCAACACCUGCUGGUAGAAUAAACAUACGUAUUGAUGGGGAGGAUUUCACCUAAGUAGCGCGCAAAGUCGAUGGGAAUUGUAGUCAAUGGUUCCUGGUCGUUGUUUGGGCGGAGUCAGGGGCGGCGCAAGAGUUUAUUCUUGUAAAGACUACAAUUCCCGGCACGCUGUGUGAGCCGACGCUGAUGCAAUGGGUAGGUGCUGAUGCUGUCGCUCUUUGUUUAGAUUCAGAGUGAGCAGGGAAUAGGAGAAGGACAACGAAGAAGAGUGGUUGUUAUUUUGUAACAAGAACAGAUAUACUGCAACGGCGUCAAAGUUAUAGACUUAGAAGAAAAUUCUGCCUUGGUAUCAUCUAAGAUUAAAGUGGAAUCAAACCCGCUACUUAGGAAUUCAACAAGCAGGAAGACUUAAGAAGAAAAAAUAAUAUUUGUUUGGAAUAGUCGUUUGUGGCGCAGAUCGUCGUUCACUUAAACAGAUUGCACAGGAGGAUCUUGCUGCAUACAGCGGCCGGAUAAAGAAAUGGUGCUGAUCUUAGGCCGACGUAUUAACAGGGAUGACAGCCAUUUCCAUGACUCACCCAUCACCAAACGCAAAGUUUUUGAAAUUGACCAGAAACCUUUGACAACUCAAGAGGUUUAUGACUUUUCCUUGGGCUCGUCCCAUGCCGAAACCAUCCUGGAGAUGCUGAAUGAGUUUAGGAGCAGCCGGCUCUUCACUGAUGUGGUCAUCUCUGUGGAGGGCCGAGAAUUUCCCUGCCAUCGAGCAAUCCUCUCCUCCUGCAGCAGCUACUUCAAAGCCAUGUUCUGCAAUGAUCACCGAGAGAGCAGAGAAAUGCUGGUGGAGAUUAAUGGUAUUCAUGCUGAAGCCAUGGACCAAUUCCUGCAAUAUGUCUACACAGGAAGAGUAAGGAUCACCACGGACAAUGUACAGUAUCUCUUUGAAACCUCCAGCCUCUUCCAGAUCAGUGCCAUCCGUGAAGCAUGUGCCAAGUUCCUGGAGGAGCAACUUGAUCCUUGCAACUGCUUAGGCAUCCAGAAGUUUGCAGACACACACUCCCUGAAGUCUUUGCACUCCAAAUGCAGAGGCUUUUGCCUGCAAAAGUUCUCUGAGAUAGCCCAGCAUGAGGAGUUCCUAGGGCUGGAGAAAGACGAGCUUAUUGACUAUGUCUCCAGUGAUGACCUGGUUAUCAACAAGGAAGAGACGGUGUAUGAAUCCGUGAUGCGUUGGGUCUAUCAUGACAUGGAGCGUAGAAGGUCCAUGAUGAAGGAGGUCCUGACCCACGUCAGGCUUCCCUUACUGCACCCCAAUUACUUUGUGCAGACAGUGGAAGGAGACCAGCUGAUUCAGAACUCUUCUGAAUGCUACCAGCUUCUGCACGAAGCCAGGAGGUACCAUGUGCUGGGCAAUGAGAUGAUGUCAUCACGGACUCGCCCUCGCAGGUCUACAGGUUACUCCGAAGUUAUUGUGGUGGUCGGAGGCUGUGAGCGCGUGGGAGGCUUCAAUCUGCCUUACACUGAGUGCUAUGACCCAAUGACUGGAGAAUGGAAGUCACUGGCCAAACUCCCAGAAUUCACUAAGUCGGAAUAUGCAGUGUGCGCCCUGAGGAAUGACAUCCUUGUAACAGGCGGCAGAAUCAACAGUCGUGAUGUGUGGAUGUAUAACUCUCAGUUGAACAUCUGGAUGCGAGUGGCCUGUUUAAACAAGGGCAGGUGGCGUCACAAAAUGGCUGUCCUUCUUGGCAAGCUGUAUGCUGUGGGUGGUUAUGACGGCGUCAAUCGACUAAACAGUGUGGAGUGUUACGACUCUUUCUCUAACCGCUGGAUUGAAGUUGAGCCACUGAAGGAAGCAGUCAGCUCCCCCGCCGUGGUCAGCUGCGUCAGUAAGCUCUUUGUGAUUGGAGGAGGACCCGACGACAACACAUGUUCCGAUAAGGUUCAGUGUUAUGACCCGACCAUCAGUACUUGGCUGCUGCGUGCCCCCAUUCCUAUUGCUAAACGGUGUAUCACUGCAGUGGCCCUGAAUAACCUUAUAUAUGUGGCUGGGGGUCUCACCAAGUCAAUCUACUGCUACGAUCCAGUGGAGGAUUACUGGAUGCAUAUAGUCAAUACCUUCAGCAGACAGGAGAGUUGUGGCAUGUCUGUAUGUAAUGGCAAGAUCUACGUCCUGGGCGGCAGGAAAGAAACCGGAGAGGCCUCUGAUACUAUCACGUGUUACGACCCAGCCACAGGAAUCAUCACAGCGAUGGCGGCCAUGCCAAGAUCUGUUUCCUACCACGGCUGUGUGACAAUCCACAGAUACAAUGAAAAGUACAGGCCUUGAAAGAGGAAUCUCCCACCCACCCAAUGCCAAGUAGUAGAGAGACACAACCACACUAAAACAUCCUGUGGAGGAUUGGAGUCAGCCUCUGCAGGUUCAAUAUUAGACAAUUAUUUUACCGUAGCAUUCUCUUCAAAACACUGAGCUUUGUUUUAAACAUUGUACAACAUUGACAUUGUUAUUGGACAACAAUCUACAUGACACAAACAAUUUCUUUGUGUCAUGUAGAGUUCCCAGUGAUAAGAAUACCAAAGCUGUGGCACUGCAGGCAGUGUAUGCCACUUGCACAUGUGCCUGCAUGCCUAGGAUAACCAUGGAUCACGAGUGGCCCACUAAGUUACACUGCCACACACCUAUGGAUUCAGUAUUAGGUGCUAUUAAAAAAAAAAUCAUAUACAAAAAAAAGUUUUUAUAUUUUGAAGUAGGAAAAAGUUCAGAAAAAAUGUCCAAGAACAGAUAACCCAAGUGGAAACCUAAUGUUUGAUCUGAGCAGAGGCCUUUGCAUCAAAGUGUCUGAAGCCUGUCUAAGUUCAGGUCUGAGGCCUUCACCUCAGAGCAUCUCUGUCAUCUCGAUGUGGUUAGUGGCUGCUAUGUGGCCUUACUCCAAUGAAGUAUCUUCUUGUAGAAGGCCCAUAGUUAAUGCCCUAUUGUCUCUCUAUUUACUCUUUCUUAAGAUUCAUGAUAAACAAAUGCUUUAAAUGGUGCAUAUGAUGCGAUAAAUGAGACACCCUCAACAUUGUUUUUCUUCUGUUUCAAAGAACAUAUGACUAGAGGCAUGGAAUUGUGAGGGAUGAAUUUAAGAUAUGUCACACAUGGAUGAAGACAGUUUAUCUCUGUCUGUGUGGAGUUUGCAUGUUCUCUCUGUGACUGUGUUUUUCCUCCUAUAUCCCAAAAUGUGUAGAUUGGUGGGUUUAAUUGCCUGUGCAAAUUACCCCUAGGGUGUAGGUGAGUAGCAGAAUAUAAGUUCAUGGAAGUGUGGGAGGAAUAAAAAGAAUAAGAUUAGUGCAAUAAUAAGUACAUGGUGAGAUCAGUGGCAUGGGCAGUUUUUCCAACAUGGUGGAAAAGGCAGUAAAGGGUAACCUUACAAUAAUAUUUACAAGCAAAUGAGUGAAAGGAUUAGUGCUGCUGUAGGAUCACUGAAUUCUGCAAUCUAAUGUAUGGUAUCGUCACCAAACGCAAGUCAUUUCUAUUUCCAUCGCACUUGAUUGAUGAAUUCAAUUUCCUGAACCCACUUUGAAAAUUAAAAAAAAAUUUGAACUCCAAUCAAUUCAAUUAAAUUAAAUUUUGCAUCACCGGGAACUUUAAAAUGCACAGAAUUGAUUGCAGAAUGUGUAAAGCCAAGACAGUACAUUUGAAAAACGAUUCAAGCACUUUUUAUGUUGGGUCAAAGCAAGAUAAGUAAAGCAUGUGUGACAAGUGGAAUUGGCACAACUUGUUUGCACACAUCAAUAUUUUACAUUUGAUUUUAAGAAUUUUCUUUUGUUACGGAAUUUAAGUAUAUUUUUUCCUCUGUGGUCCUUUACAGGUUGGGAUAUAUCAGAAAUGUAUGAACUUGUAUGAAUCAAUUAACAAAUUUGGAUAAUUGGGUUGCAAUAUUUAUCCAAUCAACCCUAAAAGCUUGCGUAGGGUAUACACAUUAUGGUGUUUAACAUUUCUGCCACCAUUGGAAACAUGUAUAACACAAGGCUUCAUUUGUAGUCAAAAACACACUAAUUUAAUGUCUGUAAUUAUCAAGUGGAGUAUUUAGUGACAGAAACCAGCGGGAAAUGCACAUCUUGGGUUUCCGCCUGCCAUAUAUCACCCUACUACCCUUCCACAACUCUCGCAUUCUGUCAAGGAAAUAUCUAGAAUGCACUGUGUUGGGUGAUUUCAAUUUAUAUUUGCUCUUUAUUUAAUUAAUGAUUUGAUAUUAUUGUACAUAAUGUUUUCAUAUUAAGCUCAGUGACAGUUUUAUUGUAAAUAAUGUCUCCUGUUCCUGGGGUUGGAUAACUGGUACAGCUCAGCUGGAAAUACUAUUGAUGGGCAUAUGUUGCAAUCUGAAAUUAGCUUGAACAUUCCAUGGGAGUGUAUAGAAAUGAAAUUCAGAUAUGCAUGAGUAGAUCACCAAUGUCCAAUGGAACAAUUAUUUUUGCCACAUGAGCUAUUAAUUUUGUCUUAUUUAGCUUUGGGUUUGCUUUAAAAAAAAAAGUAUCUUGGGAGGAUAAUUAAAAACCUAAAUUGGAGAAAAUUACCUAUUUGCUCAGUGGCCUUUGAUUCAUUCAUAGAUCCUGUCCCCUGCACAACAGCCAAUGUAUGGAAUAGGUCUGUCAGCACAGAGGAAAUAGCUUAUCCAUGUUUUCCAGAGAUGCUGCAUGAUCUGCUAAGUUAUGCAGCAAUUUGUGUCAACUUUUCAGAAUGGCCAAUCAGUAGUGUUCUGUUUCUUGUUGCUGAUGAGGAGUUGGAACCAUUGUGAAGUCGGUGAGUUGAUUAAUAACACACAGGAGACUUUGAUGGACGUUAAGCUCUAGAAACCACAAUGGAACUUGAAGCACCAGGUGUAAGAGGCAGACAUAAAAAUCUUGUGAUCCUUUCAUGUGCCAAUGCUUAGAUUUGUUUUUGAGUUUGUGACAGGUACAGUAGGUCAUCUGAGGCCCUAUAGAUUAACGAAAGGCUUUUACAACUGCAUAGAAUGCUGGGAUAAACUACUUGCAAAAACACAGUAAAUGCUCCACUUGGCAUUUUUAGAAAGCUCUUGGAAUUCCCGAGGUGAAUGAGAAAGAGAAUACACAGAGAGUAAAUAGACAUGCGUGAUAUUAGUAAAUCUCAGCCACAACUCCAACGUCUGCAGUGGGCAUUGCUAGCCUACUUAAUCAUGUUUAUGUUCCUGGCCUAAGUCAAUAGCUCCAUACUUUUGUGUACAACUGAAAAAUCUUGUAGCCUGGGCUUAUAGUCUCCCUUGGCUCUUCACUUCAAUCAAAGCCACAAACUCAAGCAAAAGUUAUGAUAAAAAAGUGCUCAGACUCUCCAUGGAGUGUAUUGACAAAGUUGUUAUUGGAUCCAUGAUGCAACUUCUUCAUCAGAUGGUAACAUAUGGUGGAAGAAAUUUUACUUGGUGCCUUAAGACUAUCUAGGGACAUGUUAAUAACCAGAGCCGUUUAGGACUACAGAGUCCUUAAUUUGUAAACAGAGAAACGGUGCCUUUUGUGAACAGCCAUACCAAUCACUAGUUCAGGGUUGCAAUGUAUUAUUAGGUACUUAACAUAUUUUAUAUACCAUGGUUUAUACAGAAAUCCAUGUACAUUCUUUGACUGUCUUAUACAUUUUUUAAAUUUGGCUUUAUUUCAAUUGUAUGGGUCAAGAUUGUGUGUGAACUGUGCAUUGCAAAAUGCACAAUGUCUAACUGAUGCAUGAUCUACAUGGAGAAUUAGCCAUUACAUUAAUUAGUUCUAUGCUUGUCAUUGAUGCACAGUAUGGCUGCAACUGGUAUACCCACCAAAGGUCCUGUGAACUGGAUCCUGUUGUAAAUUGUUUGAAAAAACACAUGAAAACUGUGUGCAUUGCAAUCUCAGCAGAUGCUAAUUACUUUUGAACCUUUGACUCCAAUGAGAAAGAUUUCAGUUCAUUUUUAAAUGGUUUCAUUUUAGAAUCUGGACUCAUCAAUUAGAUUUCAAUCUAUAAUUCACUUUCUGGCAUCCAUUAUUCUAUAUAGAAGAAUCUAUGCCUUUUUGGAUAGAUUCCAUUCUGACUGGCUCUCCUUCCAAGUAUUUAUUAUUCUUUGUGAGGAACACAGACCUUCAGAGUGAGUAUUGCCAUUUAGUUAGAACUGCUCAAAGCAGGGAAGGGAAGCUGCCAUUUUGUAUUUGCGUUUUGGGAGUAAUAGGUGUAUAUUUUUCAGAGGCAUUUUUAAAGCUGUAAAUAACUGCUAUACUUUUUUACAGACAAAUAAGUUGCAGAGUGGUUGUGUUAUUUUUGUAAUAUUUGGGUUGUACUAGAGACAUAAUGUGCUUCAUAUUUAUUAUGUAAGGUGUGUGCUGGAUAUAAACAAACGCAUAUAUGUACUGAGGGUGGUUCAGUGUGUUUUAAGCUUUAACAGAACAAGGAAAUGUGUAGAAGAUGUGACUUCACUAAUUAUUUUACUAGGUAGUGUCAUCGAGACACUUGACACUUAUGUUGCUUUGAAUGUUCUAUCUGUGAGAUUUGCCAGCCUUUUACUCAUAUGGAUUCCAAAGCUCUGGAAGUCAAUCCUUAAAUCUCUACAUUGAUUUCUCCUCAUGUAAAAUAAACAUUUUUUUGAACAAGCAU